AUGAAUAACACAACUUUAAAAAAGUAUGGCGAUUUAUUGAUACACCAUAUGAUACUUUAAUGGAUUGCGAUGCAUAUUACAGUGGUGACCCAAAUGCUAGUUUAGCAUUAUGCAUAACUUCAAGUAUGGUUGGUGCAAUUUCUAUUUACAUUCUACCAUUUAUUUGUAUAUUCGGUAUCAUUACAAAUAUUUAUAUUGGUUAUGUAUUUUUAUAUGAAUUUAAGAAAUUAAGUCGACAAUCAAUUUAUAUGUCACUUAUAUGUUGGUCUGAUGCAAUUACUAUACUAUUUCUUGGUAUCCUAUGGAUGAUACCAGCGAAAGGUUUACCGUUUGCUAGUGAAGGACGUAUAUAUUAUUUUAUCAUUUAUGAAUCUGUUGAAUUAUGUCGAUUCUAUCGUGGUAUCUAUUCAUUGACAUCAACAUUAGCAAGUAAUUUAUUAUUAUUAACUAGUAUAGAUCGCUGUUUAUGUAUAUAUUAUCCAUUAAAAUAUCGUACAAUACCUGUAUAUUAUGCAUGGUAUUUGAUUGGUGGAGUUAGUUUCAUUUCAUUCUUAUGUGUUUUACCUGUUAUAAUAUUAGUUGAUUUUCAUGAUAUUGGCACAUUUACAACAUGUUGGUUACAUGAAAGUCAAGCAUUUUUGCAAAUAUUUAUUAUAUUAUUUAAUAAUGCUGGUUUUAUACAAACAAUAGUUAUACUUGUAUUGAAUAUCAUUUUUAUGAUAAAAAUGCGUAAAACAUUUACCAAAGAACGUUUAGCUGAUCCACAAUCGAUUGAAAGUAAAGAAUGGUCAGCUAGUGUAAUUUUAUUCAUUUUAGCAACAACAUUAUUAUUGUUUAGUUUACCACAAUGUGCUGCAUAUUUAGCUGCUUUCUUUUUUCCAUCUGUGAUGGAGAAAUCACAAUCGGAACAAUCAGUACGUUUAGCUUAUAAUAUUGCCGAUAUAGCAUGGCAAUGUAUAUUUGCACAGAAUGCUUCAGCAAUAUUUGUUUGUUGGCAAAGAAUGCAGGAAUUUCGACAAGUGUUUUAUCGAUUAUUCUUGAAAGGACCAUUACAACCACUUAGAAAGUAUGUAAAUGAAGCACAAUCCACUAUACAUUAAUUAAAUAUUCUCUUAAAUAAAUUCUCAUAUUGUAUGUAUAAUUAUACUUGUAAAACGUUAAACUUUACAUGAAGUACUGGUUUGAGGGAAGAGGAAGUUAAAAGUUUGACCUUUCAAUCACUUGGUCACAAGUUUGAGCACCGCUUCAAUUAAUUUGGUUUAAGAGAUCGGGUAGUAUCAUUGGCCCACAUGCAAUAAUAAUCGUUUAUGGUCGACUACACGAAUGAAUACUUAGUAAAUGAGUCGGAUUAAUAAAAUACACAAUAGUGAUGGUAUAUUUCAAACACGAAAUAUGCUCAGUUAAAUUCACAGUUUGUUUAAUAUUUUCAACAAACGAAAUACAAUCAAGCUCAUUUUUUAAGAGUGUAGACACAUUUAAUAAAACAACAUAAUACGAUGGAGAAAAUAGUAAUCAACUACAGAAACCAAACUAACAAUAGAAACUAUUGUAAAUGUUUGUUUUAUUUCUUAGUGAACUUUCAACCAAUUUUAAUGCAUCUUAGCUUGUUGUUUAUUUCAAUACCUUUUAAUUUUUGUACGUAUUUUGAAAUUACGCGUAAAAAUGUGUUAACUUUAAAUAAAUACACUGUUUUUAUUCAGUAGCUUUUUAUUUAUCUGCUUAUGAACAAUUAAGCUUCUAAGUUUAGAAAUCAAACAUUUAAACGUAUAAGUAUUCAUGUAAUUUACAGGUCGAUGGUCGUUAUUAAUUAAUAGAGACUGGCGAACUAUUGAAAAUAAACGAGCGAUGAAUAAAAAUGCCAUUUAAGACUUACGACUGAUCCAAUCAUAAAAUACUACGUGGAAUCGAAACUAUAAAAUUUGGGCAUUACUGUGACCGGGAUAAAUUGAAGCAAAAGUUUCUGGGAUUAUUUGAUUUUAUGUGAAAUGUUCACAGAUUUAUUUGCUUAGUUUUGGAUCACAUUUUUUUUAUGUGAUGGCUAGUGAUAUAAUCCAGCUGUCUAAACGGAAUUAGUUGGUGAUGAAAUUCAUACAGAGGCGUUGGGUCAGUAAACUGUCACUGAAGGAGAUUCACUUUUACCUACAUUCAAUAAUUACGACUACAUUUGAUUGAUGUGCGUUUUUCUUACAUCGAUCCAGUUAAC